AUGAGAAGAAGCCGCCGCUCGUCGUUGCUGCUGUUGCUAGGGACUGUGGUUCUGUGCUACAGCUCGCUCUUUACAGGCAGCUGCGCGGAAGUGUCUACUAUCAUUGAAGACGCAUCAGGAAACACGUCGAAUCCACCCGAGAAUGAGCUACAAGCUGAUCCUAUGACUGGUGGUGAGACGUUUGCGUUCCAGGCUGAGGUCUCACGACUCAUGGACAUUCUCAUCAACUCGUUGUACCGGACCAAAGAGAUUUUCCUACGGGAGCUCAUUUCGAAUGCCUCGGACGCGCUGGACAAGAUCCGCUUCCUGGCGUUGUCCAAUAAUGAGCUGCUCGGUAAACUGAAAGACUUGGAGAUCCGUAUUAGUUUUGAUAAGGACGCACACACGCUCACGAUCCGAGACACGGGUGUGGGUAUGACAAAGGACGAUUUAGUCAACAAUCUCGGCACAGUGGCCAGUUCUGGCACGGCUAAAUUCGUUGAAGCCAUGCAGUCUGGCACUGAAGAUAGCAAUCUUAUUGGUCAGUUUGGUGUAGGCUUUUACUCUGUGUAUCUUGUGGCUGACCGCGUGCGUGUCGUGAGCAAGAAUCACGAUGACGAUCAAUACAUUUGGGAAUCGGAUGCCAAUGCGUCCUAUACGAUCACGAAGGACCCACGAGGUGACACGCUCGGCCGUGGUACUGAGAUUACGCUGUUUUUAAAGCCGGACGCUAAUGACUUUCAGGAUCAGGACAAGCUGAAGAAUCUCGUUGGACACUACAGCGAGUUUAUCACGUUCCCCAUCUACAUAAACACGAGCACGACGGAGUCGUACGAAGUGGAAGAUGAGCCGAGCGAUGUCACUGAGGCUGAUAAGGACGAGGAGAAAAACACUGAGAAGACCAGUGACGAUGACGAAGAACUGGAAACUGUCGAAGAAGAUAAGUCCGAGGCUCCGAAGAUCCGCACAGAGACGCGCACAGUGUGGAGCUGGGAACGUGUGAACGAAGUUAAGGCUAUUUGGACGCGCUCUAAGGACGACAUCAGCGACAACGAGUACACAAGCUUCUAUCACACGCUGCGGAAGGCGGAAAACGUGGAUCCACUGACGUGGAUACAUUUCCAGGGUGAAGGAGAGAUUGAAUUUAAGUCGAUUUUGUACCUGCCUGGCCAGGCCCCAAGUGAUCAGUAUACACGAUUUGAGAGUAAAAAGGCGGACAUCAAGCUGUACGUCCGCAAGGUGCUCAUCACUGACGAUUUUGAUGACUUCCUGCCACGAUACCUUAACUUUAUCACCGGCGUUGUGGACUCGGACGACUUGCCGAUCAACGUAUCUCGCGAAACACUGCAGGAGAACAAGAUCUUGCGCGUCAUUCGCAAGAAGCUUGUUCGCAAGGUGUUGGAAAUGCUACGAAAAUUGUCGGAAAAGGAUGAAGGCGAGACCGAUGAAGAAGAUGAGGAGAACGAAGAUGUGGCGAACACUUCGUCCGACGCUGCAUCUGGAACUAAGUCUGAUGAGAGUGUAAAGGAAGAGGAGGAGGAGGAGGAGGAGGAAGAAGAUAGCAAUGCGUCGUACAACAAGUUUUGGGAAGAGUUUGGCAAGAACAUAAAGCUGGGUGUGAUGGAUGAUGCUGCCAACCGCGGUAAGCUUGUGAAGUUGCUACGCUUUGCCACAAGCGAGAGUGAUAGCAAGUGGACCUCCUUGGAGCAAUACGUGGACCGCAUGAAAGGCUGGCAGGACUCUAUUUACUACAUUGCUGCCCAAAGUGCUGAAGCCUGCGAGAAAUCGCCAUUCAUGGAGAAGAUGCGCGCUAAGGGCCUGGAGGUGUUAUACUUCGUUGAUGCUCUGGAUGAGUACAUGGCGUCACACAUUGCGGAGUUUGAUGGCAAAAAACUGGUAUCUAUUACCAAAGAAGGCAUCAAGUUUGGCGAUGAGGAUGCGUCGCUUAUGACGAAGCGCAAGCAGCUAUACGCGGACAAAUACGUAACCCUCACGACGGCUCUAAAGACGCUUUACGGAGACAAGAUAUCUCGUGUUGCUAUGUCGCAGAGCGUGGUGGACUCGCCAGCCGUCAUGGUGACCUCCCAGUGGGGUUACUCGGCUAACAUGCAGCGUAUCAUGCAGGCGCAGGCUCUUGCGAAAGGCGAUCGAAACGGACCCAUGUACGGCACUGGAUCCGCAAUCUUGGAGCUGAACCCUCGCCACCCUAUCAUUACCAAGCUGAAUGACCUGAUGAUAAGCGACCCUCAAAAUGAGGAGACCAAGGACCUUGCUUGGCUACUCUACGACACUGCUCUCAUUAACUCGGGUUUCGAUUUAUCUGAUACCGAUCAUUUCUCAUCACGCAUUCACCGCAUCAUGAGAAAUAGCAUGGGCAUCACCAGUCUAGAGCUGGAACCUGAGAUCGAAGUACCGGAGGACGAAGAAGAGGUAGUUGACGAAGAGGACGAUGCUGAAGAUCUGGACAGGGAAGUUGGACUUGGGGAAGCCAACGUUAUCGAUGAAAAAGAUGAACUAUAG